GCAAGUAUAUCGAAAAAGAAAAAGAGAAAGGAAAAAAGAAAAGGAAAAAAAAGAAAAAUUUAGGAGAGACAAAGAGACGUAAUACGUAAAAGAAACGUUUAUAUACAUGUAUGAGUAUGUAAAUACGUAUAGUUAAAAUAUCACUGAGGAAAAGGAGACAAGUUCGAACAAAGUCGAACAGUUUCGAAAAUGGCGACCAAGAUUCGUGCUAACUAUACAUGGUCAGCGGUAACGAAACCAUUAUUAGCAAUAUCGCAAGGAUCAUUUGACAAAAAUGAUAUCUUGGAAUUGGCAAAAAGUAUCGUUAUACGCGAAUAUGAUUUUCUCUGUAAAGGAGAAUUGUAUGAAACUUUUUAUACAUCUGUGGCAGUUCUUGCAGCUGAUUAUUUCUGUGCUUGCAUCAAUACAUUUUCUAAAAGCCAAAUAUCUAUAGUUUGUCAAGCAUGUAGAGUUUUGCUUCUUCGUCUUAUGGAAAAAUUGUCUCAACAUCAAAUUCAGUUAGGAAAUGGGACUUCUACUGUUUUAAGUACAAAACAAUUAUUGCUUCCAAUUCUUGCUCUUUGUACUGGACAAUCUUUAUUAUCAUCUACUGAAGAAGCAGCUUUGAUUACUAUUAUAAAGAAUUCUAAUAUACCACAUGACAUUAAAUCACAAUUAUCCCCAGAAACUGAAAAAGAUUCUUCUCAAUCAUCUAAAGAUUCUGAUAGAAUUCAAUGUGAUUUAUCAGGUAGCAUUUUAGAACAAUUAACUAUGCCAUUGCAAGGUUCUGCAAUGUCAAUGUCUGGAGUUAUUGAAAAUCCUAAUGAAAAUGCAACUAAAACUAUAAAUGAUAGUGUUGUUAAUGAAAUUCAUUCAGAUAUUAAGACAACAUUUGUUACAAAUAAUAUAAACAUUCUUAGAAAUAUGGAUGUUGGAGAUACACUAUUAGAUAUGUGUUUGAACCUUCCACAUUUAUCAUGUUAUACUCGCAAAUAUCAAGCAUAUUUACAUAAAAAGAGUUUCACUUUGCCUGUGAAUGCCUCUGAUGCACAUGCUAUACGUCAUAAUUUACAUUCUGUAUCAAACGAUAUUAAUAUUGUUCACAAUAUAAUAUCUUUGCCUUUUUUAGAACCUUUAACUCCAAACAAAUUAGAAAAACUAUCAUUACUGACCAUGUCUUGUUUAUAUUGUUCGAUUGUAUAUGCAACUGCAUCUAGUAUUGUUGGAAUAACAAAUGCUGUAUCACCUAAAUGUAGCACGAAUACGUCUGCCAGCACACAAACCGUUUCAGGUAUUAAAACAGUAGAAGAAGAAUAUGACACCUUAGCAAUUACAGUGGUAGAAAAGAGUCUUGAAAUAUUUGGUUUAGUUUCAAAUGUAAUUAAAAACAGCACACGAGCUGGAGGUCAUAUUCUACAAAAUCAUUUAUUAAUUGGAGUCUGGUUGUUGGUAGCUGGUUUACAAGCUCAACUUACAGUCAGUGGUUUAAGUGCAGCAGAUAAAGGAAAAGAAGAAAAGGGUAAAUCACCUAGUAAAGCGCGUGAUGGAACAAUUCGCGUUAAUCUUAUGAAAAUUCAACAAGGUUUUGGAGUACUUUCAGUUGCCUUAGCUUCUCAUGCACUUACAUUAAUGAGUGCUUUAUUGGAAGAUGUUUCAAUUGAAGCAAUUGCUGACUGUUCAACUCCUCCAGAACCAGCUCCAUUAGAUAUAUUAUCUACUGCAACUGCACUUCAAAGAGCAGUCACUUUUCUGCAAGCUGUACCAUUAAAUCAUUUAUUGUUUUAUUUAGCCACUAUUAGUUAUAGACGGGCUUGUACUUUAAAGAGAAUACAAAAACAUCCAUUCGAAGGUGAUGCUUUAAGUCAAUCUGAUUCUACAACUUACUAUGAAGAUCUUUUAAGUUGCUCAGAUAAUUCUACUGAUGAAGAAAAAACUGUUAUGUCGAUAGAGGAGGACAGCGAACCUAUUUUGGGUUUAUGGUUUGAAGAAACAAUUGCUCCGUCCGAUGGGUCGCCAACGAAUGGUACAAAAGAAUCCAACAAUGAAACCAAUGCUGAACGAACUGUAAACACUAUUGUUCCUGAUAAUCGUGAGCCUCAUGGAUAUAUAUCAUUGGCCACUAAAAUUUUUCAAUUUAUGAAUCAACAUUUGAUUGGUAAUAGAAGUUCUUAUGUUCGCGAAUAUGUAGUAAAUGGUUUAGUUGAACAACAGAUGGUUAUAUUAGCGGCAAUAAUCAGAGAUUUGGAUCACGAAACUGCUAGAACAGAAACUGGAACUAUAUCAGUGUUCUAUGGUGCUACAUUAGGCACUAUGUACUCUGAAUUUUCUCAAGCUUUGAGUCUUUAUACGCAUAAUUUACUUGUUCAAAAUACAUUAAGCGAAGGUUUACAAAACAUCCUUCUCCAGCAUUUAGGUGUGAAUCCUUGGUCAGGAACAGAAAGUACAAGUCCAUGCACUUGGCCUCUUCAAGUUUACCCAAGAACAUUAAGUGUAUUGGCACAGGUACUUUUAUUAAAACCUCGAUCUGAAAAAGAAGCAGCUUGUAUAAGUAUAUGGCAUCGUUUAAUUACAACUUUAGUGGAAAAUGUAUGUAAUCCACCUUCUACAUUUGAAGCUGAAAAUGAAGAUUUAAAUGUAGAACAUGCUCAAUUGGUUUUAAUUCUAUUCCAUUCUCUCAAUUUUAUGCAAAAAAAAUCGGUAUUGCUUGUAACUGGUAGUGGUGCUGUACGUUGCAGUGAAGCAAUUAAAACUCCAAUGAAAGAUUCUCAAUUACUGCAUUUAUCACGAUUAUUAUUACUACUUGAAUAUAUGAUGAAACAUCUUUAUGAUGCACCUCCUGCAUUGCUUGAACAAGUUCGGUGGAAUCUUUUUUCUGCUACAAGUUUAGUUUGUGACAUGAAAGAUGGUAAUAAACAAACAGCCCGUAUUUUUACACCAUGGACAGUAAUUGAAGAUAAUUAUCGUAAAAUUGGUAAUCAAGAUGAAUUUUCAAUGAAGCCUCGAUUUUAUAAUCUUUCUACCACAGAUUUCAAUAAUCAGGAUACACCAAAAUUGGAUGGAGUGGCUUGUAAUUUCAUUCUGGGUGCUCCAGAUAAAAUGAAAUAUCCACUUCUGGUUGAUGCAUUAAUAGAUAUUUUAAAUGUUCUUAAUCAAGCUGAUAUGCAAAAGAGAAUUAAUGCUGAUGGUAAAGAUAAAACACCUACUUUCAUAGGAUUAUGUGCAAUUCGAUAUUGUUUUUCUAUAUGUUGGCGAUUAUUAUUAAUGCUACCACCAUCUACUCUAUAUAUGGAUAAAUUAGCUCUGGGUGAGGAAAUUCCUGCUGGACCAAUGUUAUUAUAUUCUUUAAUUUGGGGACCUAGAGCUGCAUGCAAAACUUUUACCAGUUGGAUGAAUGAUUGUUUAAUCAGGCAGGGGAUGUAUGCGCAAUAUGCAAGAAAUCUUUUGAAGACAGUAUCGUCCACUGUAAAUUCUCUCAAAUAUGAUGUUACAGUUACAAAAAAUUGCAUUACAGCAUUGAAACCAGAGAUUAAUUUUAACAAUAAAAUAAUACCAAAAAAUGCAUUACCUAAAUUUAGUUCGUUAUGUAUUUUGGCUGCUGUUAUUGGCAAAUUACAAAUUCUUUUUUAUGAAAACUUAUUGAAGACUCAAAAUGAAACUAUUGAAAGUUCAAAAAAUUCGCAGACUUCAGAAUCCGGAAAUACUAAUGCAAAUAAAAUGAUGAUCAGUAUUCUUCCACAUGUUCUUUCAUUGACUGAAUCAAUUUUGUAUUCGUGUCGAUCAAAUAUAUUGCACGAGAUGCUGGAAUCUUUUGAACAAGAUAAUAAAUAUGGCCCUCGAGAUUAUUCUAUACUUGACAACAUCAUUGCAAUGGCAGGUGCAAAUUGGGCAUCUGAAGCAUCUUUGAUCUCUUUUUUACCAAAUUCUGUAAAAUCUAUUAUAGAUAAAUGGAAAUCUAUCAAUGUCGUUCAUAUUCCUUGGAACACUUAUACGAAUGACGUUAUACCAGCAGAAAGUUACAUUUUGGCUACAGUAUGUCAACAUGUGAGUUCACUUUCUGAAUAUCCCAUGUUUUCUAUUAAUCCAUCUUUGAAGAAAUUGUUGCACAAUUUAGUUACAUUUAUAGUGGAGUAUGUCACUCCUACAAUAACGCCAGAAAAUACAGAUGUGCAUACACAAGCAUUGGAUAUCCUUGUUGCAUUGUCUAUGGAUGCUCGUACGGAUUAUCUUCAAGAUAUGACUAAUAAAGCUUUAACAAAAUUAUUAGGUGAUAAUGAUAGUGAAACGCGGCAAUUGCGAGAACACCUUUUUAUAUUGCAUCAUAUGUAUAAUUUGAUAAUUGAAUACACAAAUGAUAUCCAAGAUCCUGUCAGUAUUAUCAUUGAUGAAAAAAUUUUGAAACGAUGUAUUAAAUAUUGGGAACAAUUAUUAGAAAAAUCAGUUGGAUGUAAGGCAUUAGAUUUAUUUUUUGCACCAAAUAGUAAUCGAUCUCUUGUUUCUAUAUUAUUAUGUAUAACAUCUUCACGAUCUUCGCAACAAUUUGCCACACAUGUUUUAAGAUUUUUCAAUAUGUUAUUCAAAACAGCUGAGAAAGGAAGUGACGGAUCAUUAGAACGUCUUUGCGGAUCGGUAUCGAAUUUAGCUAAUGAAGAGCCGGAAAAACUACAAAUAUGGUUGAAGCAAAUUAUUUUAGGAGCAACAAAUAUCUCUCCAAAUACAUCUUCAACAAAUAUUCAAUCUACAAUAACAACUGUAAAUGCAUCGGUUGCUAUUGCUAAUACAACUGAAGAUACUCAGAAAUCAGAUGAAGUCAAUAAUGUAUCAAAUAACGAACAAGACCGAUGGUUAAUUUCAUUAUCAAAUGAUUCAGCUAGCAAUAAUCAAUCAACAAGUAUCACUGAUGAUCAACAGCAACAACAACAACAACAACAACAACAACAACAACAACAACAACAACAACAACAACAACAACAACAACAACAACAACAGCAACAACAACAACAACAACAACAACAACAACAACAACAACAUUCAAUGCAUGAAAAUAGUCGUCUUCUACGAGCGCUUACAAAUUAUAUAGUAAAAGAGAAGAGCAUUGAUGAAGGUGUGCCUGUGACAUUUCUUCGAGCUCUUAUACCAUUAGCUUAUCAUAUUCUUUCUCCCACGGUCGAGGGUAAUGGUUUUUCGGAUUUAAUGAAUGUUAUGUCUACAUUAGCCGAUGCUAGUUCUGAAAAAGGACAUACAUUAUUAUUUAAAGCUGCAGUUGAAUGGAUAGAACUUUGUAAGGAACAAUUAAUGAAUAAAGAUUUUCAAAGUUUGGAUAAACCGUUACCAUUUGUUGAAGCUGGCUGUUGCAUAUUGAAUUACAUAGCAGAUAUAGUAAGUGCAAUAUGUCCUCAAUCGCUACAAUCACAAGAUCGAGCAACUAGUCCACCGUGGGAAGGUACUACUCCAGUUAAUGAUGUAAAUGAUAGUGAUUGGAUAGAUGAGAUUCCACAUGAAGAUGAAGAUAGUGCUGCUGAAGAUUCUGAUGAUGAUAGUCUUUGUAAUAAACUAUGCACAUUCACUAUUACAUUAAAGGAAUUUAUGAAUCAACAUUGGUAUCAUUGCCAUACUUGCAAUAUGGUAAAUGGAGUUGGAGUUUGUACAGUAUGUGCUCGUGUUUGUCAUCGCGGACACGAUGUUACUUAUGCAAAAUAUGGAAAUUUCUUUUGUGAUUGCGGUGCCAAAAAUGAUGGAUUUUGUCAAGCUUUAACUAAACGGAGUCCUCAAUCAUUAGAACAUCAGAAUACGACAAUUGCUGUUGGUUCUGGAAAUACAGCUGCAUCAACCAGUGGUUCAACUAGUGUUGCUAGUACAAGUUAUGGAAAUACACUAGGUACAUCCACUGAAAAUCGAGAUCUUCUUCUCACAAGUAGUUUACGUCGAAGAACUUCCAGUCCUUUAUACUUUUCUGAUAAACCUGAAAGACAAGGACGCGAUAAACAGAGACAUGCAUAUUUAGCCAAACAGCUAGAAACAUCGAAAGAUUGGAUCCAAAGUCAUCUUUGGAAAAGUGGUUUAGUAUCAUCAUUAGUAGAUCUGACUGGUGCAUUAUUACCAGCUGUAGAUGCAUCAUGUAAAAAGAACUCGGCAAUUGGUUGCCAUGCUCGUGCUCAAAUGGCAUUGAAACAAUUACACACAGUGGACAAAAAGUUUGAAUAUACUGAUCAGUUAAUGCUUCCUACAUUGGGAUCACAAGAAGGGGCAUUUGAAAAUGUUCGUAUGAAUUACUCGGGAGAUCAAGGGCAGACUAUUAGGCAAUUACUAUCUGCACAUAUGAUACGUCGCGUCGCAAUGUGUUGUUUAUCAUCUCCACAUGGUAAAAGACAACAUUUGGCGGUUUCUCAUGAGAAAGGAAAAAUAACGGUAUUGCAAUUAGGCGCAUUGUUGAAACAACCUGAUUCAUCAAAAAGAAAAUUAACAUUAACAAGACUUGCUUCCGCUCCAGUACCAUUUACAGUAUUAUCUGUAACUGGAAAUCAAUGGAAUGAAGAUUUUUUGGCAGUCUGUGGUUUUAAAGAUUGUCAUGUAUUAACUUUCAAUACUUCUGGCACUGUAUCCGAUCACUUGGUUCUAUAUCCUCAAUUAGAAACUGGCAAUUUUAUCAUAAAAGCAAUUUGGUUACCUGGAUCCCAAACUCAACUUGCGCUAGUUACUGCAGAUUUUGUAAAGAUUUAUGAUCUUGGAAAAGAUGCUCUUUGUCCUCAAUAUUAUUUCUUAGUACCUACUGGAAAAAUAAGAGAUUGUACGUUUAUGCAUGCAGAAGACGGUGUUUUUUAUCUUUUAAUAAUAUCUUCAGCUGGAUAUAUUUAUGGUCAAGCAAUGGAUGAGGUAAGCUCAGCAAAAUAUGGACCUUUCUAUGUAACAAAUACUCUCGAUGUGUAUCAUCCAGAAAUAAGAGAUAAUGGUCAAGUUGGAGGUGGGGGCGUAUCAAUUUAUUAUUCGCAUGCUUUACAAUUACUCUUCUUCAGUUAUGCAUGUGGUAAAAGUUUCAUUGCGCCUCUUAAAUACAUGGAAACUGAUGUAACAACUGUAUUUCAAAUUAAUCUCACGGGCAAUAAAAGUUCGAAUGGAAAUAAAUCAAAUAAUAAUCAACCACAACCAUUAUGUCAAUGGAGUGAAGUACCUAAUCAUCCUGGAUUGAUUUGCUCAAUUUUAGAGACGAGCAAUAAUCCUGUAAUAUUAAUGAUUAAACCUGAUAUAAUAAUGAUUCAAGAAAUUAAAGCUAUUCCUGCCAAAGCCAAAAUAAUGGAUAUGGUUGUCAUAAGACAUCCAAGUUCAAAUGCUGAGCAUCGUACGACUUUAAUUUUGUUAUGUGAAGAUGGAAGUUUAAGGAUUUAUAUGGCUGGAAUGGAACAAACUGGGUAUUGGAUGUCUCCUACCAUUCAGCCAGUAGCUACAAUGGCCACAGUUAAGCCAACGCGAAAGAAAAAAACUAUCAAAACAGGAAAACCAACAGGAUCUGUUACUUUUCCUAUUGAUUUUUUCGAACAUUGUCAAGUGAUGAAUGAUGUAGAAUUUGGUGGUAAUGAUUUGUUACAAAUUUACAACGUUGCUCAAAUUAAACAUAGACUCAAUACAACUGGAAUGUACGUUGUUUCUACGAAAGCAAUGGGAUUUACAGUUGAAGUUACCAAUAAUGAUGCUGUUUUGGUUAUGACGGGAAUUCGAGUAUUACUUGGAAAUCAAGAUAUUCAAAGGGUUCCGGUUUAUAUCGAGGUAUUUGGUAGAAGUAUUCGUACAACUUUAAGUAGAAGUCGUUGGUUUGAUAUACCUUUUACACGAGAAGAAAGUCUUCAAGCUGAUAAAAAAUUAACUAUUACAUUUGGACCAUCUCAAGAUCCUGAAGGUGUCAUUAUAGUGGAUUGUAUUAAGGUAUAUGGUAAGACAAAAGAUGCUUUUGGCUGGCCUGAAGAAAUAGAAGAUGUUCCAACAGGUCAAUCAACAUCUGCACCAGUAACCACAAUCAAUAGUGAGACAGAUAGUGCCCUAUCUGCACCUGCUUCUUUAUCCUCUGUUGAUAGCACCACAAAGGACAAUUCCCUUGAUAUUGAUAGAAUGAUCGCAAGUAUGUUAGAAGUUUUGGAAUUAUCAUUCAAUGUUCCUUCGAAUGACGAGAACAAGUUAUCAUUGAAAACAACAGCUAUCGAAGUAGCUUCACAACUACUUAUAUUACCGACUCCUCCAUCUGUACAAAUGCAUACAACUGCACUUUUAGCUGUUUUACAUCCAUCUAAACAAGCAUAUCAUUUUCACAAGGAUCAUGUAUUACUAUCACAUGUAUUGGAUUCAUUAAAAUUAAUGAGAGAAUGCGAUGAUGCUCGUGAUAUAGAUGCAGAAAAUUUCUACAGAUUAGUACUUAUUGUUCGAAGUAUUUCCGUAUCACGUCCACAAAACCUUGCAAAGUUUACUGAACAAUAUACAAACAAACCAAUAGAUGAAAUUAAUGUACCAAUUUUCGAAAAAGAUCGACAAAAUAUUAGUCAAUCUUGUAAAAAUGCAGAUGCAAAUCAACUGCAUUUGGUAGUACAACUUAUGGAAAUGUUAUGGUCUUUACAUAUGGCUUAUCCAAAGAAUAUGGCCCUUGCACCAGUAGUAGUUCCAGGAUUGACUCAUGUCGAAGGAACGAUUCAUGCAAUUAUUGAAAUAAUUCAUGCAUUUACGACAUGCGAUAUAGAAAAAAAUAUUUCUUUAACUGCUAAAUUAUAUUUACAAUUAUUAUUAUCAUCUAAUACUGCUAUCAGUUUUACUGUUAAACAAGCAAUAAUUCGGGUACUUCGUCCGAGAUACAAAAGAAGAAGAGUUUAUAUACCAAGUCCUCCUAAUUGUAGUACACCAGCUAUAGACACGGAAGAAAAACCAACAACAUCAUCUAUACAAUCUCAUCGAGAAUUACCAACAACAAUACCAUCAACAACAAUGGAUCGAGAAACAGAACAACAUUUGGAUGUAGAAUCAAUAGGAUCAGUGGUUGAUCCUUUAGCAGUGAUGCUGACAGCAGAUAGUAAUCAAGGUUCAACUAUUCCUACAACUACUGCAAUAUCUACUACUACAAGUAGAAAUUCUGCUGGUGCCACUAGUAGUACUGCUGCCAAUAGCAGUGAACCAAUAACAAGGGGAGCGGUGAAUUCCAUAGAAACGUUGCUCGGUUCAGGAAAUUUUCCACAGAUAUUGGAUGUACCACCUGAUACAGAUGAUGAAACGAUGGUAGAAUUAGCAAUUGCACUUAGUUUACAAGACCAUGAAGGUGGAAAUGCUGAUUUACAAGUAUUACGACAAGGAUUUCAACAAAGUCUUUCAAACUUGCAAGGAUUAGAAAAUCUUCAAAAUUUAAAUGGUCCAACUUUGCAAAGUUUACAAGCAUUAGCAGCACAAGGUUUAGUUCAAGUUCAAAAUACCAGUCAAAGUCAAGAAGCUGGUGGUCAUUAUUCAGAUACAACUGCAUCUGCUGGAGGCUCGGAUGAUGAGGGAUCAACUGCAGCUACUGAUGGCAGUACACUACGUACAUCUCCGGCAGAACAAGGUGGUAGUGGUGGUAGCAAGGGUAGCGAGAGCGGUGGAAGCGAAAGCGGAGGAAGUGCUGUAGACAGCAUGACGGGGGAGCAUAAUGUAUCGGGAAGGAGCUCCGCAUACGGAGACAAUGGUCCCGAUUCUAUACCUCCGAUUGGAGGAAUUGGAGUCAACCAAGCACCACGUUCCGAAACUAAUUCCGUGGGUCUUCCCGCGGCUUUCACCGUUACCGAACAAGAAGAAGGUACGGAACAAGAACACGUAAUAGAACAAGAAAAUGAUACAAGUUGUGAAAUCACUGCAAAAUUGCAUACUAUACGAUUAUUAUUACUCGAUAAACUCAUGCGAUUUAUACCAAAUUUGAUAAAUGUGCCUGGUGUUUUAACUAUUCCAUUUAUGCAGGUAUUAUUAAUAUUAACAGCUGAUUUAGAUGGACAAGAAGAAAAAGACAAAGCUUGUGUUGAACGAUUACUUCGAAUAUUGGUAACUGAGUUAGAAAUGGAUAAACCGGAUACAACUAACAUAUGGCAACGUAAUAACAAACGAGAAGUUCAUUUAGUUAUUAUGCGAUUAUUAAGUGUUUUAAUGUCUCGCUCAAAACAUACUGCUAAAACACAAGCAGAAAAUUCGAAUUUUAUUUCUCAAAUGGCAGCUACAAUACUUAAUAAAGCUGGAGUAAUUGAUUAUUGUUCGACUUUAUUAAAAGCAUUGCUAGAAUAUUGGAAAACAACAUCAACCGAAGAAACUGAUACUAUUCUUGGCGGUCAAUUACUUAAAGAACAUCUUACAGCCUCUUUACCAGACAUGUCACCGCUUUUUUUGCGACAGCAUGUAAAGGGACAUCCCAGUGAUAUAUUUGAACCUUAUCCGCAAUUAUUAACAGAAAUGGUACUACGAUUACCCUAUCAAGUAUAUAAAUAUGCUGAAAGUAAUUCGGCACAGACAGCUUUUGAACAACCUUGGUACUUUUAUCUUUGUGAAUAUAUGAUGUCUUAUCAAGCACCACUUGUUAGAAGACAAGUGCGCAAAUUAUUGCUUUUUAUUUGUGGUAAUAAAGAAAAAUACAGACAACUUCGUGAUUUACAUGCUCUAAUUUCACACAUUCAGUCAGUACAACAAUGCUGUACCGCUGGUGGAUUUGAUCCUCUUCAAACUCAUUCUCAUUCUAUUAAUUUACCAUAUGAUUCAUUAGUAGAUUUAAUUGAACACUUGAAAUGUUGUGUUGAGAUAGCUACAAGUCGUACAGGAAAUUGGCAACGAUUCUGUUUAAAACAGAAUACAGUAUUAUCUUAUUUGUUUACUAUAUCAACACUUUUAGACGAAGGUGUUAGUCCUACAGUGUUGCAACUUCUACAAUGUGCUAUAUGUUCGAACAAUAAAUCAAAAGAAACGAAAGAUAUUAAAACGAAAGAACCGAAGUCUGGGACUAUAACAACGAAAGAGAAGCGAGAACGUGAAAAAUCUGAAGAUUCAGAUACAGAAGCUAAAUUUGAGGAAGCUCAAUGUUUAGCUUUAGUUGAACAAAUUCAAAAACAAGUCUCUCCAAACCUAUUAAUGAAAUUCAUUCAAACUUUUUUACUUGAGACAAAUAAUACGAAUGUUCGUUGGCAAGCACAUUCCUUGAUAUUGGCUAUUUAUAAAAAUUGUGGUCCGGCAGAUCAAGAAGUUCUAUUAGACUUAUUGUGGCAAUUAUGGCCUUUGCUGCCAGCUUAUGGUCGAAAAGCGGCACAAUUUGUUGACUUGCUUGGUUACUUUUCUCUAAAAACUCAGCAUGCAAGUAAAAAAAUGCACAACUAUAUGGAACAAGCAGUUGCAGUGUUACGCGCGCAAAAUCAAUUGCUUGCACGUCAUCCAAAUGCAAAUUUAUAUGCAAAUCUUGCUCAGUUCGUUGAAUUAGAUGGAUAUUAUUUGGAAAGUGAACCUUGCUUAGUAUGCAAUAAUCCUGAAGUUUCAAUGUCGACAAUUAAACUUUCUUCAAUUAAAGUUGAUUCAAAAUUCACAACAACCACACAAAUUGUAAAAUUGAUCGGUAGUUAUACGAUUAGUCGUAUUAUUCUUCGCAUAGGUGAUUUAAAAAGAACAAAAAUGGUACGUUCGAUUAAUAUUUAUUAUAACAAUCGAUCGGUUCAAGCAGUAGUUGAAUUAAAAAAUAAACCGGCUAUGUGGCACAAAGCUAAAAAGAUUACACUAGCUCAAGGACAAACAGAAAUCAAAAUGGAAUUUCCAUUACCGAUUGUCGCGUGCAAUUUGAUGAUUGAAUAUGCAGAUUUUUAUGAAGAUAUACAGGCUUCUUCUGAAACUUUACAAUGUCCACGAUGUUCUGCGAAUGUGCCUGCAAAUCCUGGCGUUUGUGGGAAUUGCGGGGAAAAUGUAUUUCAAUGUCAUAAAUGUAGAGCAAUCAAUUAUGACGAGAAAGAUCCAUUCCUUUGUCAUGCUUGUGGUUUUUGCAAAUACGCCAAGUUUGAUUAUACGCUUACUGGUAGACCAUGUUGUGCAGUUGAUCCUAUUGAGAGUGAUGAUGAUCGAAAAAAGACAGUAGCGACGAUUAAUACUUUACUCGAAAAAGCUGAUAGAGUAUAUAAAACUUUAAUUUCAAAUAAGCCAACGUUAGAAAUGUUAUUGAUUAAAAUAUCAGAACAUCGAUUGGAUCGUGGUUUGGUAGAAGAUGGUGCAGCAGCAGCAGCUGCUAUUCAAGUAUCAAGUGGAAGUACUCAAGUAAACAGAGCUAUACAAUUACUUGCUCAAAGAUACUGUGGUGAAUGUAAAACUUCUUUUGAAGAAUUAAGUAAAAUUAUACAAAGAGUUUUGGCUUGCCGACGAGAACUUGUAGCAUAUGAUCGUCAACAGAGAGGACAAAUUAUUGCCAGUUGCUCAUCAAGCAACGAUACAAUUGCUACUGACAAAGAAGAAGCUUCGGCAAUAGUAAAUGUUCCUCAAUCGAUAUCGACAGUGACAAGACCUCAUUCACAAUCUGUUGUUGGGUGCGUGAAUCCGCAAACAGUAGGUCGUUGUUAUGGAUGUGCAACCGCAGCUACAGAACAUUGCUUAACCUUAUUACGUGCUCUUGCUACUAAUCAAGUAGCUAAAGAAGUUUUGUGUAAACAAGGAUUAAUCCAGGAAUUAGUUGAGCAUAAUUUACGCAAAGGUACUGUACAAAUGCAGGAAGAAGUACGACAAUUGUUAUGUCUCGUUACUAGAGACAAUGCUCAGUCUACUAAAGAGCUUUGUUCUUUAUUAACUUGUCGAAUCACUUUGACACUUCGUGGUCGCGUUGUUACAUCAGAUUUAUCAUUAGCAGUACGUCACGAAAUGGCGUUAUUGGCAGCUUUGAUUCAGAAAGAGGAUACUUGCUGGGAACAAAAAUUACGUUGUGUCAUGCAAUUAUUUUUGAUGGCGUGUAAAGAAUCGAAGAGUCCUGUUGUCAUGGAAAGUAUCAUUUUACCGUGUUUAAAAAUAUUGCAAGGUCUCGUGAAACCAGAGCAACCAGUCUCAAAGAAAACUAAAGAAAAAAAUAUUGAAUCAUUGGCAACUGUUCAACCGAUUGAAGGUAUUACUAUUGAUGUAAAUAAAUGGUUAAAUGGUGAUUCAAAACAUUCGUAUUCCGAAUGGAUUCGCCGUAUGCCUACUAGAAAAAUAGAACAAUCUUCAGGCAAACCAAUGAAGAAGGAAGAAACUCGAGCACUUUAUUUAAUGGAAAAAUAUGGACAUAGAUGGCAUAACCGAUGUUUAAGACAGCAUGGUGUUCAACCAUUAAAAUUGGCUGACGGUGCUUGGUUGAAGGAAGUUCUGUUUAAUCCAAGUUCACGAUUAGCACGACAAGUUGCUUGUAACAUGAUAGAAAGUUUGUGUCAAGGUACUGAACGAAAAAAAGAAGUACUUGUUUUACUUACUUGUUAUUUAGAAGAAUUACGUACAGCUGGCGAAAGUAGCACAGAAUUUCUGACAUUAUAUCAAAGUUUAAUCAGACAACCGCCUUGGAAACAAUUUUUAGCAGUACGAGGUGUUAUGACUUUACUUGCAGAUCUUUUAACAAGAGAAAUCGAAGAACUUCAUCGGCUGGAAGAAACUACAUUAACUAGUGAUUUGGCACAAGGUUAUUCUUUGAAAAUGUUGACCGAAUUAAUAGCAACGUUUCUCGAACAAGAAAAUAUCAAACAGCAAUAUAAAAGUCGGUUGGUAGGUGCUGUACUUAAUGGUUAUCUAUCUCUAAGAAGAUUAGUUGUCCAACGAACAAGAUUAAUCGAUGAUACGCAAAAAAAAUUAUUGGAACUUCUUGAAGAAAUGACUACAGGCACUGAAGAAGAAACUAAGGCUUUUAUGGCAAUUUGUGUGGAAACAGUACAAAAAUGUAGCAUCGAAGAUGUCUGUACACCAGUGUUCAUUUUUGAAAGACUUUGUUCGAUUAUUUAUCCGGAAGAAAACGAUGUAGGAGAGUUUUAUUUAACUCUUGAGAAAGAUUCACAACAAGAAGAUUUUCUCCAAGGUAGAAUGUUGGGAAAUCCUUAUAGUAGCUUAGAACCUGGUUUAGGACCCCUUAUGCGAGAUGUAAAAAAUAAGAUUUGUCUAGAUUGUGAAUUAAUUGCUUUAUUGGAAGAUGAUAAUGGAAUGGAGCUUUUAGUUAAUAAUAAAAUUAUUAGUUUGGAUUUGCCUGUAAAAGAAGUAUAUAAGAAAAUUUGGGUACCAGAAGGUGGAGAAUGUGAUGCUAUGCGUGUUGUAUAUCGGAUGCGAGGAUUACUUGGAGAUGCAACUGAAGAAUUUGUUGAAAGUUUGAAUGCAAACAGCGAACAAGAAGUAAACAAUGAAGAAGUAUAUAAAAUGGCAAAUGUUUUAGCAGAUUGUGGUGGUCUUCAAGUAAUGGUAAAUAGAUUAGCGGCUAUACAAAAUGUCAAUCGAGCUCGACCGUUGCUUCAAGUUCUUCUUAAAUUGUUUCGACUUUCGGUUAAAGUGAAAAAAAAUCAAGAAGUUUUAAGUAAAUUGGGAGCAGUAACAGUAUUUCUCGACGUUCUUCAACGCUGUCUUGCAACUGAAUCAGAAAAUUGGCAAGCGAAAAUUACAGAACAAUUAUUAGAAAUUAUGGAAACGAUUUUAACGCAUGCAUCCUUAUCUACACUUGAAGCUUUUUCACAUACAUCAAGUGGACCGGAGCAUAUAAAAGCGCUCCUCUCUUGUGCUCAAUCAACUGCAGUCAGACAAAGUAAUAUAUUGCCACAACUCGCACGUGUAUUAGCCGCUCUUACAUAUGGCAAUCGUGAAAAAAUGGCUCUUCUUUGUGAUUAUUUUAAACCUGUAUUAAAUUUUUAUGAAUUUGACCAUGAACAUACAGCAGAAGAUGAACAAAAACUUGAACUAUUUUGCAUUCUCACUCAAGCCAUUGAGCGCAAUGCCAUUGGAAACACUCUCAAAGAUUACAUUAUAAGCAUGGGGAUCGUAAAAGAUGCUUUCGAAUAUAUAACUGUGCGUGCUCCUUGUCUUAAGCCUACGCUAUUACGAACGGAUAGUGAUGAAUUAAAAGACUAUAUUUCUAAACCUGCGCUCAAAUAUAUUUUACGAUUCUUAACUGGCCUAGCAACGGAUCAUGAACCAACACAGUUGGCGGUAUCACAAUUUACAAUCAGUAUAAUACAUAGAUUAGAACAAGUAUCUUCUGAUGAGCAUGUUGGAUCUCUAGCAGAAAAUUUAUUGGAAGCAUUAUGUACAAAUAAACGCGUUGCUGAAUUAAUAGAAAAAGCUCGACAACAUACACGUAGCGAAAAAAAACGUUUGGCAAUGGCUAUGCGAGAAAGACAGUUAGGUGCAUUAGGCAUGCAAACAAAUGAUAAAGGUCAAGUAGUAGCUAGUGGAGCAAUUCUUCAACAAAUGGAAGAUUUAGGUGAUGAAACAGGAUUAGUUUGUGUUAUUUGUCGCGAGGGAUACAAAUUUAAACCAAAUAUGGUUUUGGCCAUUUAUACAUUUUCAAAACGUUGCAAUGUUGAAGAAUUUGAAACAAAACAAAGAAAAACAGUAGGAUAUACUACUGUUACACAUUUCAAUGUUGUUCAUGUAGAUUGUCAUAUGUCUGCAGUAAGACUGGCACGUGGCAGAGAUGAAUGGGAAAGUGCAGCAUUGCAAAAUGCGAAUACUAAAUGUAAUGGACUCUUACCAUUAUGGGGUCCUCAAGUUUUAGAAUCUGCUUUUGCUAGUUGUUUAGCAAGGCAUAAUACUUAUUUGCAAGAAUGUACGAGUCAUCGCGACAUAUCUUAUCCAUCAACUGUUCAUGAUUUGAAAUUGUUAUUGUUGCGAUUUGCUCAAGAAAAAAGUUUUCAUGAAGAUAGUGGAGGAGGAGGUCCACAAUCAAAUAUGCAUUUGAUCCCUUAUUUAAUUCAUACUGCACUUUAUGUAAUCAACACCACACUAGCAGACACUCGAGCAGAUAAAACAUUAAUUGGAUAUUUGGAAACGCCACCAGGUUCUAGUUGGCUCGAUAGUUGUUACGAAGCGGAAGGACCGUUUUAUCAGUGCACCAUGUCUCUCUUGCUUCAUUCACCGGCUCGUUGGAAAACAUAUAGAAUAGUUCAUUUAAAUAAAUUAAUUGUUCUUGCCCAUCAACGAUAUGUUUCGCCAUCGGGUCCGACAAAAACUAUUGUCGAUGUUACUAUUAAGCAUUACGCUGUAUAUAAAAACGCCUUAAUCUUUUUUGGACUAGUCGAUUGUAUUUAUACUCAUUUCUUCAAGAAAGUUAACAUAUUGUCCGAUAAUCAAUGGCCAUCAGUUUUGGCUGAAUAUAUCAGGCAUAAUGACGAAGCUAUGUUAAAAGCUUCGGAACAUGUAUUAGCUACAUACCGUGACGAAUUGUUACCCUGUACAUCUUUCGAAGAAUUUUGUGAUGUUGUCGGUUUAUUGGACGAAAUAACGGAUCCUACAUAUAUAAGUGACAUUUUGCGAAGAUUCGGUUAAAAAAAAUAAGACGAAUAUUGCUGAAGAAAAUGCACUCUUUUACAUAUAAAUAUAAUAAUUUUUUCCGAAUUCUCAAGUUUCGUCCACUUUAUUUUCUUUAUUUCACACAUGCGCAUACAUAUACAUACAACAUAAAAAUUAAUUGCUUUUUCAUAUGUUUACAAAGUUCCUUUUUUUUUUAUCUCUAUCACUAUAAAUGGAAAUAAUACUCGCUCUGUAAAUUGCGAGUUAUUUUUUGCUUUUUCGAUAGAGAAAAUCAAAUUGGUGUAUUGCGUAUUAACACAAUUCUAUAAUUGUACGUUUAAAAAAAAAAAUAUGUGCUUUAAUAAAAUACGAAAUAUCGUAUUAU